AUGUCAAUGGAGUGGCUGACACCAUCGGGAUUCACUCCGGACGACGCAUCACCACCAGCAGGAGCACUCCUCCGCCGUACAGAUGCUUCUGCCCUGCAAGCGCAGGCCACCCUCUGGCUCUGGAGAACCGAGGAUUGCGGCGCAAAAUCAGAUGUCCAGGGUGUCCCGGCAGCCAAGAACAACGACCAAGCAAAGAAGUGCAAAAACCAAAAAAAAGCCUGCACUCGCUCGUCCUGCGGUUUGACUUUGUCGACUUUUGUUGGCGACCCGCCAUCAUCGCUACGUCUUGUUGCUCAUCAUCUUCCGUUCUCGUCCACACCCGAUUGCUUUGUGCCUUUGCACGAGUCAGAAGAAACAUCCCCCACGCGCGCUUGCUGGCGAUCCAAAGUUGACAUCGCUCGCUUGUGUCUUUUUGCUGACCGGGAAACGGGGCGUGUGAUUGCACCAUCAACCUUGCCACACGCUCCCAACUUGGAGGUGGAUUAUGUCACCAUCGUGGGCCCAGCCCUCUGGAGUCUCUAG